AUGGAUCUUAACUAUUCGCGCAGCAGGAACUCGCCACUUGGCAAGGUGAAGCAUUUUUAUGCCAGAUUAACGAUCCGGGCGAAAGUGCUUCUCGGUUGCCUUUUCUUGUUUGUCUUCUACAGGCAGUUUUUGAGAUCAUUUUCAACUUCUGACCAAGGGUUGAACGACAAAAUUUCAGAAUCUGAGCAUAUUUCAUCGAUCUCUCUUGAUGAUUCAACGAAGGAUCAGAAGAUCAGUAUGAUCUCCUUGACCUAUAUGAACCUUGAAGACCCAUUUAUGAAUCCUAGCACUUUACAGUUUUAUAACUAUAUCAACGGUGGUAACAUGCAAUUGGAGAGAAACGCCGAUUAUAUUCGAUUGGUGGCGGACAGGCCUUCGGCCGUUGGAUAUGUUGUUUCCCGAAAUUCCAUUUCGGAGGAGGAUUCAUCAGCGUUGCAGAUUGAGCUGGAUUUCAGACUGCAUGGAAGUCAGAAUAAGCCUGACCUGAUUGGUGAUGGCAUGGCAUUGUGGAUUACUGAGUCUCCGUUGAAUAGGGGAGAUGUAUUUGGUAUGCAAAGCGACUAUAAAGGCCUAGGCAUCUUUAUUGAUACCUAUCGAAAUGCCGACAGACAGGAGUACAAGACCACAAACAAGCGUAGGUUCCCAUACCUUUCUCUUCAGCCCAACUUUGGAGACGUUGGUCGGUAUAUCAAAUCGAACGACGGUUUUCAGACCGAACUUGACGGCUGCUCAUUACACGAUAUCUAUAAUCCAGGAGAAGAGAAUACUGUUUCUAAGAUGAGAAUCAUUUACUUGAGAGACAGUCAGUACCUGCAGAUCGACGUGGAUGCUCAAGGUGCGGGUGACUGGAAAACGUGCGUUCAGAGACGGGAUAUUCCACGAAUUCUAAUUCCUAAGAAUCCGUACUUGGCAAUCAGUGCAGAAACUGGGGAGCUUUUUCAAGCUGUUGACAUCUACAGCAUGAAAGUUCAGACUUUUAGAAUGGCCAAUGGAGAUUUGGUGAAAUCCGUUAGUGACCUACUGGAAGGUUUGGAAAUCGGACUUCCUGAGCAAAGCAUUGAGAAGCCAGAAUCAUCUGGAGACAGCAGUGGAAAAAGAUCGUUAGGAGGUGGAGGAGGAGGCAUCAGACACAGACAAAGAAGAACAUUGAAAAGGUUGCAAAGGCAGGAACGGGAGUUGAAACGGAAAGAUGCUGAAAAAUAUGGAGAUCCAAGGGGAUUCAUCGGCUGGUUCGGUAAAUUGGUGUGGAAAAUUACUAGGACAAUUCUCUACACAAUUUUGGCAAUAAUUCUUGCCUACUUCUGCUUGAUAGCAUACCGUAUUUAUAGAGACAAGCGCAGAAGUAAGCAGCCUCAAGGAUUAUUAUAA